GGCGGCGGGUGACGGGGAAGAUGGCGGCGGCUGGAGGCGGAGGAGGAGGAGAUGGAGAGGAGGAUGAGGAGCUUCGGGAGCUGUUGGAAAGUGCCCUGGACGACUUUGACAAAGCGAAGCCCAGUGCACAAACUCCAGCAGGAGAGGAGGCUGACAAGGCAGAUGGAAAACGGCCGACAGAAUCUCUCUUCGGUACCCAGGAUCGCUUCUUCCACGAGCUGUUUGACAGUGAACUUGCGGCAGAGGCCACCAAGGAGUUUGACCGGGCGAUGCAGGAACUGGCCGAGCAGGAGCCCCAGCUGGUCCACCAGUUCCACAAGCUGUCGGAGAUCGCCGGCAAGGUCGGCACUGACCCCGCCUCGAAUCAGGAGUUCAGCUCGUGUUUACAGCAGACACUCUCUGGACUGGCGAAGAAUGCCAGCGGCCUGCAG